AUCUAAGGAUUUCUUUUUUGUUCAGCGAUGCUACCUGGUAUUACCUAGGUAGUAUUAUAAUUUUUUUGAUCAGCUCUGAUGUUCUGUCGGAUUGAUCAGGCUUAGUAACGCAUGAGAUUCGAACAUCACGUGCCACUAGAUGCACUAAUACACGUGAACGAACUGGUCCCGGGUGCGCUCCAAAAAGAACUCCAAUUUCAAGCACUCCGAGUCAUGCUUGAGAAGCCUAGCCCUGUAACAGACCUCCGCGGUCUCUUGUCACCUGGAGCAGGCCGCGACAUUUCGCAGGCAGCAGAGCGGUUGAAUAUAAAGGACCUACCGGAAACGGGGAUCAAAGCAGUUACGUGUUUGUUCAUCAAGUUGCAUAAUAUCCAUCACCGCCUCAAGCCUUAAGCUCCUCAACGUUGCCGUGGUCCGGAGCAGGGGUGACGGUGCCACUGCCCGAUUUCUCCGAGACGGCCUUGCCAGCAUCAGGCAAAACGCCCUCGACGACGGUCGUCCGUGUGGUGCUGCUGCUGCCGCCAAAAACCUCGCCGACAAACUCGCGCCAGAAGCGUCUGGUCUCCCAGACGGGCAGGAUGCCACAAAGACCGAAAGCGGCAAAGACCCAGAUGAAGCUGAUGACGACGUAAAAGGUGAAGAAGGCCUUGGAAUAGAUGUAGUGGCUGAGAAACAUGGGGAUGGGGACGAUGACGUCCAUGGUGAUGGACAGCACGGUGGACAGGACCAAAGCCAUCAUAAACGUGCGUUGCAGUGCCUUGGGAUUUUCCAGCACCGCGGCGUCCUCGGCUUCUUCUUUCUCCUCGUCAAUCACAGUCGGGAGAUUGCGAUUCGCUUCCUGUUGCUGUUCGGGGGCUCUGUCGACCGAAGCAUCAACUGUCGUCUCGCCGCCAUACAGGGAAGACGGCGCGUUGAUGUCGCGGGUGACGGACCAGUCGAAAUUGUCGGGUCUGGCCCAGGAGACGACCGUGGUCACGAUCAACCCCGUCAAGACUGCCGCCAUGUUCCCGGCCAGUGUCGGAUACGAUGAACCGGUGGUGGCAAUGGUGAACUCGCCGUAGUACACUUUGGUCUCGACCAGCCAUGCGAUGAGACCGGCGGCCAAUCCGGACAGAGCACCCGCGAUGGCGCCGGCUCGGGUUUGGCCUUUCCAGGUGACGGCAAACGCGGCGGGGAACACGGCACCACCGAUCAAGAGACCCAUGACCAGAAAGAGCCAACCCAGACUGAUGCCGAUGGCCUGCCAGAUACAAGCAAACGCGGCCAUGACCACGGCGAAGACGCAAAUCAUGACAUGAGAAACAAAGAUGAGGUCUUUCGGCGUGGCCUUGGGCUUGACAUAGACCUUGUACACGUCGAAGGUCAGGAUGGACGACACGGCGAUCAACUCGGACGACGAGGACGACGUGACGGCCAUGAAAAGCGUCAACAGCAACGCGACACAGCCGUGCUGGCCUAGCAACGCCGCGGCCCCAAACGGAGCCGCCAGACCUGCCGACACCUGCUCCGCGGUCAUGUUGUUGGGGUACGUGGGAUACGCCGGGUUGUCGGUGAGUGCGACCGCCGCCAGACCCAAAGUGGUGGCGAACCCGAACGGAAUGGCGUACCAGGCAAAGCCGCCCAUGAUGUAGCCUCGCACCGCCGUGGUCGGGCGGCUCGCAAUGGCGCGUUGCCAAUACCCUUGAUCCAGAAACACGGUGCCCAUACCGGAGCAAAGCUGGAUGACACCAAAGAUCAAGCCGUAAUUGGACUUGAGGGUGACGUACGAUCCGUUUUGGUUGCCGUCGACGGGUCGCACUUCACCCGCAUGGACCAACAGGUCGUACAUCUUGCCGGGAGAUCCGAUCAGAUCGUUGGAAGUGUAGACCUGUGGUGGAAUCAGCGGUCUGUCACAAAAUGCUGGCAUGCGUGCACAACUUACCGAGAACAUAAAGUACAAGAUGAUGACCAUGACGAUGACGGUGUGAGAAUAGUCGCAGAGGAACGUCGCCCGAAGACCUCCCAGGACGACGUAAAUGGCGACACCGAGAGGAAUGAGGAAAAUGGCCGCGUACACGUUCAUGCCCGUCAGUGUGGUGACGACGGCGCUACCACCCAGCAGCAGCUGGGAGGCGACCAGGAUGUUGGUCAUCAAAGCAAAAAAGAUGAAGAUGAUGUGAGUCACCCUGCCGUAACGGUAGUAGAUGAUCUCCAGGAACGUGUGGCAUCGAGGAGCGUUCUGCUUGACUUUGCAUGCCAGGACCGAGAACAUGAAGAUCUGGACCGUCGCGCCGGCGGCGUACCAGAAGGGGCCCGAGACGCCAUAUUCGUACGCAACGGUGCUGGAUUGCAGCAAGGUGGCCGCCCACGUCCACGCCGAUACCACGCCGCUGGCUAUCAGGCCCGGCUUGACGCUGCGACUGGCCGUGUUGAAUUCUUCACUCAUCUUGGUCGAGUAUUUGGUGUAACGAUUCUGUCAGCAAUGUAAGUGUCAGUAGGGUUUCACUGUACACUCUCAAGCAUUCAAAGCCUACGUACCUGCAAGUACGAAACGCCAGACAUGACCAAGGCGAAGAAGAACCCGAUUCCAAUGACGACGCCAUAGCCGGCGCCUUGGGGAAGAAUGGGCUGAACGGCGGUCGACAUGAUGAAGAAUAGCGCAAAUGAGGGGACUGUCUGGAUGCAGUGUGCGUUCUGAGUCGACAGACUGGUCUAGGACUUGCAAGGCGGCGAUGCUACAAAUGCCUGCCCUUAUAUCCAACCCACGCUCCUAGCGGAUGUUCCGAGGCAGAGGGUCCAUCUUCUCGGAAAGAUAUCGAUCCUGAACGGAACACCAUUACUCGCUUGGGACCUGACAUGUUGUCAUCCUGGAGUGUCGUUAUCAAAGUUUCCGACAUGCCGGACCGCGUCCUCCUGGCUGCUGGCCCGUCGACAUAUUGUCGCAAUGACAACGUCGCUCACGGUGGAGCACACCCCAAGGAACCGCGAGCAGAACGAUAAGGCCAUUAUCGCAGAAGUGGAAACCCAUGACGAUCUUGGAGCCACCAUCGUCUGCAUUUGCAAAAAGGCAGGCCACGACGACUGAUACUCACCCGGUUAAAUCACUUCCGCCCCCAUCAACUGGCGGCAGAACGUUCCGCGCCGCUGUACGAGCGUCAGUUCCAUGGUCAACAUGAAUGAUAAGGAGUUGUGGUUGUCACAGUACUAGACUGUUGGAUAGAGGGCGAAUACUCGAACUCCUAACCGAACGAGGAAACUGGCAACAGCGUCGAACUCCGGACCCACAAAAUAAGCCCGUUAUCAAGGCUGGAGAAAAGAGGAUACCGUAUGGCGCCUUACAGACCCCCAUUUCACCCGCGACCGUUCUAUCCACUUCGGUCCCUGCAGCCCUGCCUCCAACUCGUCCCUGAAAUCUGUGGCUGUCGGCUGUCCCGACGCAUACCGGGACCAAAUGUCGACACCCUUCGUGGAAGCGCUCGCUCAAGUGCAGCACAUACUGUAUGUGAACAGUAUCUGUCAUCACGGACUAUCCCAUCUAGCCCCAGAGUUGUGGAUGACACGAUGCCGAGGUUAAUGUCUUCGUGGGGUCGCCGAAGGACAAUGUUGGAAGAGAUAAGCGGUGUUCAGCAAGCAGAGAGCGACGGGAUCGACUCUGAACAGACCCGCGCGGGUUGGACGUGUUCUUGAGGCAAGACACGACGAGGCUCAAAGGGUACUUUAUACACCCAUCCGGACUCAAAUAUCUUGCUCAAGACACUUCCUUUUUUUCUUUUCUUUGCGUUUUUCUCCUUCCAGCAUACCCCGGAGACCAGCCAUUUCGACUGCCGGUGUCCGUCCAAGAUGUUCAAGUGUUCAAUCACCCCUGCCAUCCUGGGCAGAGGCUCAGUUGCCGCCAACAGGACCAGGAACCCCGUUCUCAGAUUGAGAAGUGUGCGUGCAUACGCGACGGUCAAGAACGCACCGCUGGCGGAGAAGCUCAGCAUCAACGGCGACAGACUAUGGCACGAUAUCCACUACACUGCUCAAUGGAGCGCACCAUCGCCCGGCGGCGUGACGCGACUCUGUGCGGAUGAGAACGACAAGAAGGUCCGUGACUGGUUCCGGGACCAGCUGUUAGCACUGGGGGCGGACUACAAGGUCAACGCCACCGGCACCCAGUUCGGGGUGUUUGAAGGAGAAGACAACAGCAUCCCUCCCAUUGCCAUGGGCAGUCACCUGGACACGGUGGCGACUGGUGGGAAAUUCGAUGGGCCACUUGGGGUCCUGGGAGCGCUCGAAGUGAUGCGAAGCUUCAAAGAACAAGGAAUCAAGACUCGAGCGCCGAUAGUGCUGAUCAACUGGACCAACGAGGAAGGGGCACGGUUUUUCCCAUUGUUGGGCUCGUCCAUUGUCUACGCGGGCCGGUCGACGGUGGAAGAAGCGCACGCAGCGCGAUCCAACGACGCGUCCGAAUUGACCAUGGGCAGCGAGUUGAAGAAGAUCGGAUACGUCGGGGACGGGCCCAACACGUUUCAAGAAUUCCCCAUCUCGGCACACUUUGAGAUCCACUGUGAACAGUCGACCGAUUUGGAAAAGGCAGGCAAGCCAGUCGGUUGGGUCGAGGGCUGGCAAGGGCUGACUUGGUACGAUGUGACCUUCCACGGCGAAAACGGCCACGCCAACACAUACCCGAUGUACGGCCGACGCGACGCCCUGGUCGGGGCUGCCAAGUUGAUCUGUGAGCUGGAAAAGGUGGCUUACGACAAGAACGGCGGCUCGACCGUCACGGGCAUCCACAGCCGGCCCUGGGGAGCGUGCAACAUCCAGUCCAAGACGAAAAUCACUUUUUGUCUCAUGAACAAGGAUGGUCAAUUGCUCGAAGACAUGGGCAAGACCAUCAUGGAUCGCGUCAAGAGCAUUGCCUCCCUCCAUGGUCUCGAGGCCGAGGUUGACCGAACCGUCCAUUUGCUGCCGGGCAACUUUUGGCCCGAGGCCAUCGAUUGCGUCCGAAGGGCUUGUGGUGAUAAGGGCAUUGCCUCGCGCACCGGCACUGGCCACGAUUCAACAAUGACUACCCUGCUGUGUCCGACCGCCAUGAUCUUUGCCCGUGCUAAGGACGGCAUCAGCCAUUCCCCAAAGGAGUGGACUGACAAGGACGACUGCGCUGAAAGCGCUUUGGUGUUGGGCAGGUCGGUCCUGAACUUUGACGACUACAUGAAGCAGAAAGCCACCGCUACCGCUUGAGGGAGAAGCCAGACAUUUGUAUAUACUUUGUUCAGAUCCAUGGUUGCAUGACAAUUUCAUGCGAUUAGACUGCCUAAAGAGCGCUGGGGAGCUGUCUCAGCUCUAACGACAGUAUACUAUACCAUCAAAGCUAAGCGACAGCACACAGAGUACAUUUGAGAACAGUAAUGGCGAAGAGUCGCCCUAACAGCGGCCAUGUAUCUUAUCACCACGUUGAGCACGGUCAAGGGUCUCGCUCCAACAUCGUUCUUCAGACCGGCUACGGCUGAUUCCAGGAAAGGAAGUUCGGCAAUGCCGAAAACACGUGUACCAAGGUCUAAACAUGAUAGCAGGCCCUCAAAGCCGUAACGGUAGUGCUGGGGCCUGAUAAGAAACCAGACCAUUGGGACACCAUAGAAUGAGAGAAUGCAGUCUGCCCAUAUUCUCCAUAAUAGACCAGAUAAGGGAGAGAUACUGCUGAGAUAUGGGGCGGUGGUCUUAGUGACCUCAACAGCAGUACCCCCUCGAAUAGAAAAGAAGUCCAAGAGAUAUUGGGCUGGUGGCUCUUGGGCGACAGCACACUAGCUUUCAACCCAUUGGGAGUCCAGGUAUGGUUUAGGUCGUGUCAUAGUUCUGACGGACAGCCUGGCGGUAGUAUCAAUCUGAGGAAGAUCAGUGAUGGAGGAAUUCCCCAGAC